AUGCAACACUUCUUCGUUGUUUUGUCUCUGUACGGCAUCUUUACGUUGAUAUUUGGCCUGGUAUCUCUGCUCAUAAAAGAGCGCCUUUAUAUCUCUGAGACCGUUAUAGCCACUUUGUUCGGCAUUGUCAUUGGGCCAAAGGGUUUUGAUAUCCUGGAGUUCGAGGACUAUCCAACGAUGAUUUUCUACCUGUCACGGAUGGUUAUUUCCCUGCAGGUUGUUGCUGUGGGCACCAUUGUUCCCAAGAGGUAUGUGAUGAAGCAGUUCCGCUCACUUUUCAUUCUGCUCGUUCCUCUGCUUGUCCUUACCUACGCGAUCAGCACAGGCCUUACGUUCUACAUGACCAAUUUGGGGCUGUGGGCAAGCAUGAUCGUGGGAGCAUGUGUUACACCUACCGACCCCGUGCUUGCAUCUUCUGUGCUCAAGGGCAAGUUCGCGAACCGCUACAUACCCACCCAUCUCCGACACCUUCUGAUCCUUGAAAGUGGAUUGAACGAUGGUCUGGGCUUUCCUCUGCUCACUCUACCUAUCUUUGCGAUGCGUUAUCCGUUCAAAAAGGCAUUCAACAAGUGGCUCAUCCACACCUGGCUGUACGAAAUAUUCCUUGCGGUAAUUAUUGGCCUUGUAAUCGGUUUCGUUGCCAAGAAAUUGCUGGUCAUAUCUCACCGAAGAAAUUUUAUCGACAAGGAGAACAUUCUUGCAUAUCUUCUCGCACUUGCGUUCGUUGUCACGGGCAUUACAGGACUGCUCAAAAGCGAUGACAUCCUUGCAUCGUUCUUCUGCGGCAUGAUAUUUGCAUGGGACGGUGAGUAUCAGGACGAGAUCAAAGACUGUUCGCUGUACGAAGUGCUUGAUCUCAUGAUCAAUGCCUCGUUUUUCAUUCUGUUCGGUGCAUCCUUCACCUCUCACAUUCGUUAUUUGCCGCUUGCACUGCUUAUCAUUUUUCUACGCCGUUUACCGCUUAUCAUGCUUGGUCGUUCGUUCAUCCCCCAGCUGUUUAACACCCGCGAAGCGUUCUUUGCCGGCUGGUACGGUCCGAUAGGUGUAGGUGCCCUGUUCUUCAUAACACAUGCCAAUGAUUGCAUUAAAUUGGACGGUGAGCUGGUAAAGAUUGUUAAUAUGAUGGUGCUGUGCAGUGUUAUACUGCAUGGUACCACUGCGCCUAUUAUACAUGUAAGCUUGAAGAAGAGAAAGCGGAUUGAUGAGGAGAUGUACAUGACCGAGAGUGAAUAUACGGAGGUGGAGAGUGAUUAUAAAGGGGAAGGGAUCAUGGCAGCGGAAUAAAGCGGAAUUAAUUGGAAUUGACAGAAAUAAAGUGAAUGAAGUGGAUGAGUGUGAAGAAGUG